CUGUAUAUCAUGCAGGAUGUGGACCUUAACACCAAAUCUCUGUGUGGCUGUCAGAGGAAUCAGUCAUGGGAAUUCUGCUGCCGAUCCUUCUUGGCUUUCUUGCCGCUCUGAUUGGAGGGCUGUACCUCCUCGGGGUGUUUAGACAGCGGCGACCAGGAGAACCCCCUCUGGAUAAGGGGCUCAUCCCUUGGCUUGGUCAUGUUUUAGAGUUUUGCAGAAACACUCGUAAGUUCCUAGAGAGGAUGAAGCAAAAGCAUGGCGAUGUGUUCACAGUACACCUGGGAGGGUUUUACAUCACCUUUAUUCAGGACCCUCUGUCGUUUGGGUCACUUGUUAAGGAGAGCCGAGAAAAACUGGACUUCUACAAGUUUGCUGCGCAUUUGGUGCGCAGGGUGUUUGGUUACACACCCGUAGAGGGGCAUCAAAACAUUCUCCAGAUGUCCAGCAACAAGCACCUCAAGGGGGACGGCCUGGAGGUAAUGACACAAGCCAUGACGAGUAAUUUGCAGACCCUCAUGCUGCACAACAUUGACUCGGCUGAAGACCAAAGAACUUGGAUGGAGGACGGACUGUUUAUGUACAGCUACAAUAUUGUUUUCAGGGCUGGCUACUUGUCUCUGUUUGGCAAUGAGCCACAUGAGUCAGAAGGGAGUGAGGAAAAAGCCAAAGAGAAAGACAGAGCUGAAUCAGAAGCCUUAUUUCACGAGUUUCGUAAAUUUGACCAACUCUUUCCCAAACUGGCUUAUGGGGUCCUGCCACCAAGGGAGAGGCUGGAAGCAGUUAGGCUAUUGAGGUGCUUCUGGAACACUCUUUCAGUGCAGAAGAUGAAGGUCAAGGAUAACAUCAGCCGAUGGGUGUGGGACAUCCAGCGGGCCAAAGAGGAGAUGGGUAUGAAGGAGUCAAUGGUAGACAGGUACACGUUUGUGCUUCUUUGGGUCUCUCAGAGCAACACAGGACCUUCUGCAUUCUGGCUGCUCCUCUUCCUCAUGAAACACCCAGAAGCCAUGACAGCAGUGAAGUCAGAGGUCGAUAAAGUUCUGAAGGAAUUUAAGCAAGAAGUCAAACAUGGUGGCCCUUUAAUCAACCUGACCCGUGAAAUGCUGAUGAAAACACCGAUCCUGGACAGCACUGUAGAAGAGACCCUCCGACUCACCGUUGCACCUCUCCUCACAAGAGCAGUGCUUCAGGAUAUGACUUUCAAGAUGGCUGAUGGUCGUGAAUACUUCAUUCGCGAGGGUGACAGAGUGGCAUUGUUUCCUUACAUUGCCAUUCAAGUCGACCCAGAGAUCCACCCCGACCCACAGUCAUUCAAAUAUGACCGCUUUCUCAAUCCAGACGGGAGCAAGAAAACAGAUUUUUACAAGGCAGGGAAGAAGGUGAAAUAUUACAACAUGCCCUGGGGUGCUGGAGUCUCCAUGUGUCCUGGGCGUUUCUUUGCCACCAACGAGCUCAAGCAGUUUCUUUUCCUCAUGUUGGUUUAUUUUGAGUUUGAGCUGAAGAAUCCCGAUGAGAAAAUACCUGAAAUUGACCUCAGGCGAUGGGGCUUUGGAUCCAUGCAACCUGACAGAGACGUUCAGUUUCGAUACAGACUCAGAUAUUAAAUCAUUUUAAUUUUUCUGAUAAAAUGAUUUGUGAUUUUCUCUCUAAGCUUUUAUUUGACAAUUAUGUAGGAAACAGAUUACACAAUGAAGUGUUUUGUGUUUUUACACCAAUGAUGUGAUAAGCACCUUUCAUGUUUUAAUAUUGUUGGAUACAGUAUAACUACAUUGUAAACCAUUUUCUAAAUAAGAACUAUGAUUGAUUCCCUCCAGGUGUACUAUACACAAAUGCACUACUAUUUUCUAUGUUUUGAACAGUUUAUUAUGAAUAUAACUCCUCUUUCUUCUGUUUGCUAAUGAGAGAGCAGUUCAAUCCAGUCAACAAUAAUUCAGUAAUCUUUGAAUAAACAAAUACUGUUGGUUUAACAAAA